AUGGAGCUAUGGGGGAUCUUGGGCUGCUUCCUGCUUGUUCUGCUUAUUAUUGCUGCGCUGCUGUCCAACGGGGUGGUGCUGAUCUGCUACCUAAUCUGCCCUGACAUCCGCAGGCAGGUCCCGGGAUUAUUUACCUUAAACCUCACCCUCUGUAACCUGUUGCUCACAGUUAUCAAUAUGCCCCUGACUAUGGUGGGAGUUAUUCAUGGCCAUCACCCAGGAGGUGAAGGACUUUGUAGGGCGGUUGGUUUUCUGGAAACUUUCCUGACCAGUAAUUCCAUGUUGAGCAUGGCAGCCUUGAGCAUUGACCGCUGGGUGGCUGUUAUAUUCCCACUAAGUUAUCAUUCUAAAAUGAGGUAUCAAGAUGCUGCUGUCAUUCUACUUUAUUCCUGGAUCCACUCUCUGUCUUUCCCAACUGUGGCCCUUUGCCUGUCCUGGGUAGGAUUUCAUCAAGGGUAUGGUUCUUGCACACUUUACAACAGCAGACCCGAGGAAGGGCGAUCUUUCCUUGCUUUCAUGGUUCUAUUCCACCUUCUAAGCUUCCUGCUUUCUUUCCUAGUCCUGUGUGUCACUUACCUACAGGUACUGAAAGUUGCUCGUUCUCAUUGCAGAAGGAUUGAUGUGAUCACAAUGCAGACCUUAGUGCUGCUGGUGGAUUUGCAUCCUAGUGUUAGACGGAGAUGUUUAGAGGAGCAGAAGAGAAGACGACAAAGAGCCACCAAAAAGAUCAGCACUUUCAUUGGAACAUUUUUGUUUUGUUUCUCUCCGUAUGUCAUCACCAGGUUGGUAGAGAUUUCCUCAUCAACUCCAAUCAGUUCUCAUUGGGGUGUUGUCAGCAGGUGCCUGGCUUACAGCAAAGCCUUAUCUGACCCGUUUGUCUAUUGUCUGCUGAGGAACCAGUAUAAAAGCUGCUGUCGAGACAUUGCGAACAAACUCUUAAAGCGCACUUCUGCCACAUCUUCUGAACAGCGGGGAAACUCAUACACAGGGAACUUGGCCCCUGGCACUGAAUAA